AUGGUUCAAGAAGAAAUGAUAGCAUUGUCGCAUAUGGCGGAUCAAAUUAAUGGUUUAAGAUCAAAUAACAACAUUUCUCCUUCAAGAAGAAGCCAUGAUUCAAAUGAUAAUUUGAAUAAUGAAUCUGUUGAUUUAGAUAAUUUAUUUGCCUUUUUAAGCGAUGUUACCUCAAACAAUUCGGCUAAUACCAUCUUGGAUGAAUUGAGUGACAAAAUGGAUAAUCUUGUUCAAGAUUUCGACGAAGAGCUUGGAAAUUGUAACUGUACUGAAUCUGAUAUUCACAUGUCAAAAGUAGUUUCAAACAAAUCCUUACCAUCGCUGCCGGAACCCACAAUGCCUCCACCUCCACCACCUCUUUUAAUUAAUAAUAGUGAUGAUCAUUUAGAUAAAGUAAAAACUAGUGCUUUAAUUUCAAAUAAAAUAAAGCCAGAGCCUAUUUACGAAGCAGUUUUAAUUGGAAGUGACAUUCAAAACAAUGAUGGCAAAAAAUCUCAGGAUCCUGAUGUUGCUAUAUCUGAGACAAAGGAUCUAGUCCAUCAUAAUAAUUUAUUAAAUGAUUCCAAUUUAUGUACAUCUGUUGCUGUGAAAACAAUACCAAAAGUUUCUAACACAAUUCCAAAUCCAAGGGAUUCAGAUAUAUGUACAGAACGUGAGCAAAGGCGUAAGUACCGAGUGGAAAGGAAAAUUCUAGAAAUGCAUCAAAAUACUGCCGAUAUCCAAAAAGAUUUAUUCAACAAUGAUGUGCAUUACGAUAUUAUGGAAUUUGCAGAACAUUACUUUAAUAUUCACGAAAGAACUCCGGAAGGUACCAUAAUUGCAACUUUAACCAGAAAAAACAAAAAACAAGUUGACCAGAUCCCGAAAUAUGAAAUGAUUACUUUUUUGAGGGGAGACCGAAUAUCCUCAUCACAUAUACAUAUGUAUGAUCCAGAAAAUGUAGUUCUGGCAUGUAACAUCUUUCGCGAAUUAUGCAAGUAUAUGCGUGGAGAACUUAAUGCAGAACGGGAGCUUCAAGCAAUUCAGUACAUUAUUGGACUCGGAAUAGAACGAGAAGAACUUCGGGAUGAAAUAUUCAUACAAUGUAUUCGACAAACAACAAAAAAUCCGAACUUGGAGUGGACUGAUCGUUUAUGGUUAUUAUUGUGCUUAAUAAUCGUAGCAUUUCAGCCAAGCAAAUUACUAUUCAGAUAUUUUGUAUCACAUCUUAAGAAGAGUUUGGAAUCAUUAGAUGGAAAACUUCGUCAGUAUGCACAAUGGUGUUUCGACAAUUGCAAAUGCACUAAAGUAUCUUCCAGAUUACUACCUCCAUCAAGUGUAGAAGUCGCAGCAAUGAGGCGACUUGGGACUAUUGUAUGCCGUUUUUUCUUUUUGGACGGGCGUACAAAAGCUAUUGAUGUUCACCCCACUGACACAGCUGGUGAUGCCGUCGUUAAAUUGGCCGAAAAACUUAAUCUAUCCAAUACAGAAGGGUGGGCCAUCUUUCAGUCUCGGCCAAAUGGAGAGGAACAUAUAAAAUCGUUUGACUACCUUUAUGAUGUUAUAGCUGCAUGGGAAUUAAAGCAGGUUAAGUUACAGCCAGUUACAGUAACACAGAGACGACUGACUAACGGAUCGUCUUCAGGUGAAAAUCGCUUUGUAUUUAAAAAAAGAUUAUUUAAAUCAACACGGGAAUUAUCACAAGAUCCAGUAGAAGUAAACUUACUUUAUGCACAGGCUGUAUACAGUGUUGUAAAGUGUGACGAAUUUCCAGUUAGUGAAAAAGUGGCUCUUCAACUUGCUGGCCUUCAAGCUCAAGUGGCUUUGGGCGAUCCGGCGAACCAGCCAAAACCGGAAUAUUAUAUUGAUAUCAAUAACUUCCUUCCAGAACGAAUUUCAAAAACAAGAGAACAAGAAUUUUGGAUUCCUAUAUUAGCGCAAGCACAUCGCCAAUAUGGAGCGUCCAGGAAUGAAUUAACUGCCAAAGUACUAUAUUUAAGUUGUGUCAUGCAAUACCCCCUUUAUGGCACAACGAUGUUUAAUGUUAUAUACAAAGGUUAUUGGAGUCACGGGAGUAAUAUAAUAUUUGGAGUUAACUACGAAGGGAUUAUGUUUAUACAGCCUGAGGAUAAAUUUAUAUUAUAUCAGUUUAAAUACAUUGACAUAGAAUCAAUUAUGUUAGACCCUAGUGAUAGCUUUAUAACUCUCACAUUGAAUAGGCAAUAUGUUCAAGUAAAUAAGCCAAAUAUCAAAGACUCAAAUAUUCCACUGGAAUCACAAAGAUGUUUUGUAUUUGAAACUCUACAGAAAAAUGAAAUCGGAUCACUAAUUAUAUCGUACUAUCCACCACUUUCUAACUGGAUUAUGAAUACUUUUGAAAUUCCAAAGAAAAGUAAAGGUACAACAAAUGAGGAUCGUGCUCGUCUGUACCAAAAUGUUGUUGUUUGUAGAAGACAAUUAAUCGACAUGGACAUCUUAAGGAAACCGCAGGAAACUGGAGGCGGCUUUUUUAGAAAUACUUUACGAAGAUUGUCGAAACAUCGCCUAGAAAAAUUAAGAGCUGAGCAAGGCAAUAGUGUUCAAGAACAUGGAGAAACAUACAAAGGAUUUCCACACUCGUAUUGGGCUUUUAGUAGACAACAAGUACUACAAAGCCUAAGUAAAAUAGCAGAUCAGGAGGAAACUGUAAUGGUGCAAAUAUUCCAAGCUAUUUUAACAUAUUCAGGUCUUGGAGUUUCAGGUGAUACUGUGCAAAGAGCUGAAGAUGAACAUGUUACUAUUGUGCAAUCAAUAAUGGAUAAAUGUAUGCGAAAAGAAUCUUUAAUAAACGAACUUUAUUUGCAACUUAUUAAACAAACAACUGAUCAUCCGGAUCCCAAUUCAAGGGUAAAUCUUCGUCAUUGGGCACUGUUGUCAUUAGUGUGUAGUGUAGUUUUACCUUCAGUAAAAACUAUUCGCAAAUAUUUGAUAAGUCAUUUAAAAAGAUGUGCCAGUGAUUAUAUAACAGAGGAAGGAAAAUACGCUCGUUUCGCAGAAAAGUGCUUUUUUAAAACUCAAGGGACCAGACGACGCCAAUGGCCUCCAAGUCGCGAAGAAAUUCUAUGCACGGUCAAUCGCAGACCAUGUUAUUCAAGGUUUCAUUUUAUGGACGGUCAAUUUUAUUCAAUUGAGUUUCAUCCUAGUUCAACCGCAUUGGAAGUUAUGGAAUUGAUAAAAAAAAAAAUUGGACUUCAAGACAACUCUAUGGGAUAUGCUAUUUAUGAAGUUGUUGGAAACACGGAAAGAAGUCUACUUUUCGAGGAAAAAAUUGCAGAUGUUAUGGCAAAAUGGGAAAAAUAUAGAAAUGCUACUCAGCAAGGAUUACAUAUUGCGACCAGCAAUACAACUAUCAACUGCCGCCAUCAACAUUAUAUGUUCUUGUUUAAGAAGCAUUUAUUUUUUGAUGACUACAUAAAUAUUGAUGAUCCUGUAGAAAAAGAACUUUUAUAUCAUCAGGUGUUGCACUCUCUUCGAACUGAAAGAUUUCCUAUAUCUGAAAUGGAAGCUAUUAUGCUCACGUCACUUCAGGGACAGCUUGAAUUAGGCGAUUGUGACGAAGUAGUAAAUGACUACAGAGUAAUUGCGAGCCAUUGUUUGCCUCCAAGAUUUGUUCCGAAUAUACCACAUGAAGCCGUUGCAAUGCAUCACCAAAGUCUUCGUGGAAUGUUACCCGCUGAAGCGAAAAAAUCGUUUCUGAAUUUGAUACAAAGUUGGCCACUUCAUCGCGCAACAAUAUUUGAUGUGAUGCAAACCUUUACUUCCAAUUGGCCACGUAUAUUAUGGCUUGCUGUGGAUCAAAAUGGCAUACAUCUACUAGAACAUCGCUCCCGCAAUAUACUUUGUACUCAUGACUAUGAAUCAAUUAUAUCAUACUCUCCAAAUAUGAAUUCGUUGAUGAUAUUUACAGGAACAGAUAAGAAACAAUCCAAAGUGAUAUUGAGCACAUCUCAGGCAUUCCAAAUUGCUACGCUUAUUAAAGAAUAUUCAGAAAUUGUAAAAACUCGUAAAACUUUAACAGAAACUUCCAGAAUACAAUAGGACGAUCCUUUUAAAAAAAAUUAAGGAGAGCGUAAAUUGUAUAUACAACAUUAAUUGCAGUAAUUAUAGUUAUUAAUUUUAUUAGCUAAAGCUCACAUUUAAAAUAUGUUAUAUAUAUUGUUUACACAAUUUCAGUUUAAGACGUACUAUUUUAAAAUAAAUUACUUAUUAUGAAAUACAUA